AUGAUACAGAAGAGCUCUGUUAUACUCAACUUGCACAGCUUACAGAUGCCCUUUUUCAAUACCUGGAAAUAUGGGAUCUUGGCAUUAGCUAUCCUCUUGCUCCUGGUGGCCUUGACCAUCUUAACUUGCCAGAUGCGUUGGCUCCAGAAACGCAGCAGGACUGGAAAAAAGAAGAGAUGCCACAGCCAAGGCUGGGUUAGGAUAAAAGCAGAGAAUGGCAUUUGGGGGAAGAAAAUGCCACCAUUUCUGUAUGAUACCGCAAAACAGAGCAAUGCAGAUAUCAAGGCAAGUACACCGAUGCUAGGCAGGACAGAGGACCUCAGCAGCAUGGGCAGUGAUUUGGGGCUCCUGCCCCGCUCCCGAGGCACACUGAAGUUCUCUCUCCUCUACUGCAGAGAGCGAUGUGAGCUGCUUUUGACUGGCCUGGAGGCUUGGGGGCUGCCUAGCCAUGGGUGUGCCGAGUCCGCUGUCUGGGUCUGACUACUGAGGCAGGUCCCGUCCCACAUCCCUGGGCUCCAGUGCAUGGUCCAGGAGUGGCAAAGCCGGGUGGUGAAGAACUGCAGCAGGCCAGCCUUUGGAGACCACUUUGUCUUUUCCCUGCAGGAUGAUGAAGUAGAGAAGAGCACCCUGAAGCUGGAGGUUCAACGGUUCGACAAGUACUCCAGAAACACUGUGCUGGGGGAAGUCAGGAUCAUCCUGAGUGAAUUAAAGGCCUCCCAAAGCUUGGUUUUAUGUGAAGAGCUGCAGAAGACUACAAAGGACAUUGGGGGAGAAGUACUUGUGUCACUGAAGUGCCUUCCCAUCUCUCAGAGGAUAGAGGGUGGGCUGCUCAAGGCAAAAACUACAUCCCCUUGAAGCACUGCAGAUAAAAAUGUAUAUGUUUCCUGCAGUCACCACAGAAAAAAGCACCAGAAGUCCAGUCCAUGGGCCCACACCCCGCUCAUCAUCUUCAAUGAGACUUUCCUCUUCCACAUGCCUGAGCCUCCAGCGUGGGACUGUGUGGUCCUGGUCUCCAUUUAUUAAAUGGACUCAGACUCCAGGCAUCUCAUUGGACAGGCCACCCUGGGGAAGAGAAGAGCGAGCGAAGCAGCUGACCAUUGGGACCUCGUGAUAAAGUCCAUCCAGCAGCCUGUAGCUAAAUGGCAUCCUCUGUUCAUUUAG